AAAAAAAGCAGAACACGAGUUUCCAAACUUUUUUGCUUAGUCGAGAAGCUUUUCUCUCCGAUGAAACGUCGAGCUCAUUGAAACAGUCCCUAUUUUCUCCGUUCACGUUCUACUGCUCUGUCUGUACGUCUGAAGUUGCAUUUGGUAGAUUUAUCUAUCGGAAGAAUGUUUGGAACUGUGGAAGACUAUGGAGAGAUGUUUCAGGACAAUGUUGUUCAGACAAGAGGCGCAUCACUUUCUUCAGCAAAUCAAAUUGGAGAUCCGGUUGUGUACAAGCUUGUCCGGGUUACAGGAGAUGGGAGAUUAGUUCCUGCAACCGAUAAAGAACUACUGGAGGUCGAGGAAUUGCUUGAGAACAAUGAAAAUGAUAUGCCUAUGGUACCAUAUCCUGGACAGACUGAAGAGUGCAUUCCGAAUGAAGGGUCACCGUCUCAGUUUCUGCAGCUAGAAAGUUUAGAAGGCUUAUUCCAGUCAGAAACUGUGGAAGCAUAUACAGAAAAUUUGAAUUCUCGACUUGAGUCUAAAGAAGAGCUGAUGUAUGGAUCUCAGAUGUUUUUUACUCUUCCGGAUACCAACUGUCAAAAUUCCAAUCAGUUGCCUGGGAAUGAGGGACUAGUCCAAUCUGAAGUUUUGCUGCAGGAACCUGUUCGUUUUCCAUCAAAUGGAUGCACUAUGGAUCAAUCUAUGGAUGUGUCACAAUACUCAAAUGCUACAUGUAGUCCUAAAGUACCUUCUGCCUCAAAACCUGGAUUUUCUAGAGAUACAGGCGAUAAAUGCUUGGAUAAUCUUUCGAUUAAGUCAUUGCAAGAAACAUUCAGAGCCACGUUUGGUCGUGAAACUACUUGCAAGGACAAACGAUGGCUCAAAAGGAGGAUCACGAUGGGGCUGAUUAAUUCAUGUGUUAUUCCAACAACUGGCCUGACAGUUAAUGAUAACAAACUGAUUGGUGGAGGUCAAGAUAACUACAAUGAUACCAUUGAUGCUUAUAGCAAGGAUACGGUUGAUGAAGGAAGAGCUAACUGCAACGAUACACCAUCUAGUCCUGAUUGCAGAAAGGGGCAUUCAAAUGAUUUUCAGCGUAGUCCUGUUGAAAGUUUUGUGGACCAGUAUUCUGGAAAUGAAGAUUUUGAAGGCGAAUUGAGGUCUGCGAAAAGAGUGAGGAAGCCUACAAGGAGAUUUAUUGAAGAAAUUUCAAAAGUCGAUGGAAAACAGCAAGUUAAUGAGUCACUCAUCCCUUUGAAAGAUCAGAGGUCUAUUAGCGCCGUUUCUUCAGGAGGGAGAGUUGUUGUCACCAGGAUGGUAUCUCUUGCUGGUUCCAGAAUUCAGGUUCCCUAUGUUUCUCAUGUGAGGAGAAGCCGUCCGAGGGAAAACAUAAUGGCUCUUGGGGAAUUUCAUUCCAGUUCAUGGGAGGUGAAAACUACUCCAGAAGAGAGUGACCUGACUCUAAGACAAUAUCAGUUGAACAAUGACGUGAACCGAGUUUCAGGUGUCAAAUCUGUUGCUGGACCUGUCCCGAAAGAAUUAGCUAUUAAUCAUCAGAGCGACAAGGACCAUUCAAAACCUAAUCUCUCUGAUGUGAAUCAAGACAUCAUGGAGCCAGAGCACAUAGACUCAUCUGGAAAUAGCUCAGAUGAUAAUCAUAAUACUAAUCGCGUUGAUCUACCAAUCAUGCAAAGUGCUAUUAGAAGGAAGCAUCAUCGAGCUUGGACCCUCUCUGAAGUUAUAAAACUAGUGGAAGGUGUGUCCAGAUAUGGAGUUGGGAAAUGGUCUGAGAUCAAAAGGCUGUCGUUUUCAUCAUACGCGUAUCGUACCUCAGUGGAUCUGAAGGACAAAUGGCGGAAUCUACUGAGAGCAAGCUUUGCUCAGACUCCUUCAAAGAGAAUGGGAAGUCUGAAGAAACACGGGUCGAUGGCUAUUCCAAGUCAGGUUUUGUUGCAGGUAAGAGAGCUUGCUCAGAAGCAAUCUCCGGCAAAGAAGGCUAGAAUGGUGAAGAAUUCAAGAAACGGUUUCUUGUAGCAAGCUUUUCGUAUUAGUAAAA